GAUUACAACUGAUGAUUGCUAGUCCAUGCAAGGAUGAUGAUGAAUCUGAUGAUGAAGAAGACGAUGAUGAUGAUGAUGAUGAUUAUGAUGAUGAUGAUGAUAUAUUGAAGGACAACAAAAAGCACAAGAGUAUUACAAAGCAAUCUACCAAACAGCCUCAAGCAAAGAAAAGGAAAGCUGUAAAAGAACCAAUCAAGCCAAACAAGAUUAGGAAGACAUCUACGAGCCCGCAAAAAAUGAAGAAGACAUCUUCUAACCCACCAGUAUCACAGUCAUUUAAAAUUGGAAAAUCAAAGAUUCCCAAGCACUGGAAGACUGCUUAUGUCUUGAUGAACACAAAUGAUGUACCAGAAGAUCUCACACCAGAUGAUUUUAUUACAGUAAAAGCAUUGCCUAUAAAGAAGGAACAUAUUGAGCUAGAGCUGCCUGAAGAGAGUGAUGAAUACAAUGAUUUAGAUUCCGAAGAUGAAGUUCUGGACUCCGAUGAGGAUCCCGGAUGGUCACCAGAAGUAGAAAAGUCUGAUGAUGAUAUACUUGAAGAUGAACCAGAUCUACCAGACUCGGAUGAUGAAAGUGUAGAGGACUCUGAUGAAGACCCUGGCUGGUCACCGUCCAAGAACAAGAAACAGACAGAAAAGAGACCUAAACAAUUUGGACUAAUAGGCAAACAGAAAACUGGACAUAAAUCAUCACCUAAAUCUAAACAAAAAUCAGCACCUAAAACCAGUCUAAAAAGUACGACAACAGUAUCACAGAAGAAGACCUUAUCUGAAGUAAAGAAAACUGCAAGUACAGACAAACCUGCAGCUUCUAGUGUCAGUGCUGUACCUGCAAACAAACAAAAUCGUAAUGUUGUAAUUACUGAUAACAGCCCAACAGGUUUCGUGCCUGAAAUUGGAGACUUUGUUCUGGAAAAAGAAGAAUGUCAAGAUGGAAACAUACCAUACUUGUGGCGUUACAAAAGAGGUGGUCUUAUACAGAAGUAUGAACAAAUGGAAGAGGAUGGAAAAGUCUUCUAUCAAAAUGUUCUUAGUUUUUCAGACUGGUGGGCUUGUUUUGCUCAUAGAUAUCAGAAAGUUGAAACCCAGACGCUAUAUAGGUACAAAAAUCUAGAGAAAGUAGAAAUAACAAAACAGCCUGUUAUUGAACCAGUGCCUGAAAUCGCAUCAAGUCCAGCUGCUCCGAAAGGAAAUUCUACCCAAAGUACUGAUAAUAACAACAAAGAAACUACCAAUAAUAAAAACAAAACAACAGAAAGAAUGCAGGAACAAGAGAUUUCCUCUACUACUCAGGACACUGGUACAGAUAUCCCUGACAGAGCAUUCCAGAUUGGUCAGUUUGUUCUAGACAUGAAAGACAAGAGGAAUGUUGACAAUUUCCCAAUUUGGAAAAUAGAAAGCCAGAUUCUACUCAAGAAAUAUGAGCCAGUGUUUAAAAAUGGAAGAAUGCGCCACAGGCCGGUGAAAACA